ACCGGUUGUCACGUCGUCUGCAGUAGCGAAAGCGGCGGUGUCAGCUGCUGCAUCUGCUGCCACGCACGUCGAAAGAACCACAUUCCGACGCCACCUCCUGACGUAGCGCUGAGCGAGGCAACGCACGGCCACCACGAACGACGCCAGCUCUACUCAACGGCCUCACCAUGCGCGUAACGAAUGGAGGGGAACCGGAGGACACCCUACUGUUCGACCCGAAGCUCCUGGAAAGCCUGGACACGGUUGAAGGUAUCGCUGUGGAGCUGCCCGCAACCGAGCUUCCACUCAGGGUCCGACCCCUGAGCUCUGGAGACUACGACCGUGGUUUCCUAGAGCUGCUCACCCAGCUAACAGUGGGAGGUGACGUGUCCAGAGAACAGUUCCUUGAUAGGUUCCGGGCGAUGAAGGCAGCACCGGGCACCUACUACGUCACAGUCAUCGAGGACGCUGACCGGGGAGCAGUGGUUGCCUCGGCAACCCUCUUCACAGAGCUCAAGUUCAUCCGUGGACUGGCCACGAGAGGUCACAUAGAGGACGUGGUUGUCUCAAGCGAGUACCGUGGACGCAACCUGGGCAAGCUCCUGAUCCAGACACUGGUACGACUUGGCAAGCGACUUGGCUGUUACCGGCUUACGCUCGACUGCAAGGACACCGUCGUCAAGUUCUAUGCCAACAAUGGAUUUGCCCUCGAGCCUGGCAGUUCCAACAGCAUGAGUCUGCGCUUUGCUGCUGCCCAGUCUCAACAGCCCAGUGACGUUACCGCCCAGUGACUGCAGACUUACUCAUGAUUGGAAAGCAACGACAGAUGGAAAAGAGAAGCAGUGAAAAAAUAUUGUCCUGCUCUGGCUGUAAAUCAUACGCAUGGCCCAAAUGUUUCACAAUUCAUCGCUUCAAUGCCACACUCAUCCUCAACACAAUGUAGUUUAAUGCAUUCCUUUGUUGAAUUUCUGGUUCAUGCUUGUUUUUGUGCUGUACAGUUCACGAUGCAGCAUUAAGGCACUUACUGAAAAGACUGCGUGUGCUUGUUCUGAUAUUGUUUUUUUAGGAUAACACAAAUUAUAUAAUUAAUAUGACAUUUAUGCGCUGGUAAUAAGUGAUGAGAGGCUUUCCCUGCGAAGGAAUUGCUUGCUGCAUCCUUCUCCUCAUCUUAUUUACAAUGCAGCCGUGUGCCUUUCCUCUUUAUGCACAGGCAAUGCUGCGAGUUUCUGGUUCAACCCCUUGACCAGUGAAGAAGUCACUGUAAACAAAACAGCUGAGGUCAUCCUUAUCUAAACAGCUGCUCCACUGCCCACGUGUUAUCAAAUGUGAAAUGUAUUUUGUUGGUUUCAGUAUACAUACAACUGUCUGUGUGGAAAGCUUGUACCUUCAAUUUGCACUCACUGGACAUGGUGUGCCAAAUGUCUCAGUCUCAUGUCUUUGGUUCUUACUGUGCAUUUUAGCACCUUUGUUUCACCUACAGACACGGACAUUUCAGCAGCAUGGGAUGGUUUCUUGAGCUCACCUGUUGAGUGCAUCAGCAUCAGAGGUGAACACUGGUCAUGAAGUUGCACCGGAAACCUGCUGGUCAUGAAGUUCAACUGGAAAGUUGGCAGUUAUGAAAUUGCACCGGAAACUCGGUGGCCAUGAAGCUGCACCAGAAACUUUGCUGGUCGUAAAUCGCACCGGAAACUCGGUGGUCGUAAGUUGCAUCGGAAGCUCGGUGGUCAUGAAGUUGCACCGUAAACUUGCAACGCAUUCGAAUGUAAUCGGUCAAAAAGGAGGAGGAAGUAAACCAGGCAUUCACAGGGAAAGCCUCUCAUUUCCACCUUGUCAUUUAUAUACAUGUGGUUGUUAAACGGUGAACCCUUUGUUUGGCUGCCACUGCCCAUGUUGGCCUGGCUGUACAUCUGGCCUCUAUACCACGACCGUAUAAAAAUAAUAAAAAUAUCUAAUGGCUAUGAGGAAUUGAACAUUGGUCGCCAACGUGGUAAGUCGGCACCUGCUAUUCUGGUUUCCAAGACAGUUGAAAAAGGUGGCACAGACGAUGGUUCAAUAAGUUCCAAGUCUUCCAAAGAGAAGGGUGGAAAGAUUUGCAGUGUGCCUGUGUAGUACUUAAUAACAAUGAGGUAGUUGUGCCUUGAUUUGCUGCUGACAUGCUCGACCAGCUGCAUUUCCCGAGAAUGGCUUGUCUAUAAAGGGCAGCACUGUUUCAUUACAUUCAAUGUCAGUACAGUGGUAAAGAUAACCAAGAAAUAUUGGCAGUGAUUACUACUUGUUGUUAGAGCUUUAUUAGCCUUGUUGUUACCUUUGGGCCAGAUGUUGUUGAACUUCUAGGUAGCUUCUUUCAUACCGGUGUUUUUACAAGUACGCAAAUAAACAAGAACUUCGGCACGUUUUACCACCACA